AUGUCUUUAUCUUCCCCUUCUUCUAGAAGGUCAACACCCAAACGCCGUCCGCUCCAUCAACGAACAAACUCGCAGAACAAUGUCAUCUCUCCAGCCUCGUCUAUUCGCCCAAUUUCACCAACGCUUCGACUGGUAUCAAACAAGACCGACUACUCAGAGUAUGAUGUUGAUGAUGAUGAUGUUUUCAGCAACCCGGACGAUGUUGACAUAUACUCCGCCAACCCAUAUCCUACCAAGGCCGCUCAUAUGCUACCACCCCCAGGAUCUUCCUCUGCUAGAGGCCGUAUCACUAGAAGCGGGACCCCUUCAACAAUAACCCCCUCUGAUACCUGGGGUUCCAGGGCCAGCGUUUCUCCAGAUCUAGAAUCUCCCAGCCGCAGCCAACAACCCACUGGAAGUGCCUCAGAUCUUUCCACUGUUAUGGGGAACACCUCGAGCGCAAUAUGGGGCCAGGAUCCAAAGUCGAGCAACACCACCGUCGCUCGCUCAGUUACCCCACAGGCCUCUGAGAGCGGCUAUAGUGGGAAUGGGAAUGACCAGGAGAAAUCUUCUGACCGCAGCAGCGUAGUUGUUGCGCCUCCGGGGUCUGUUGCUGCUACUAUAAAGUUAAUCAAUGAACGAGAACGUGAGCUGUCCCGCUCAAGCCAGUCUCCUUCAAGCCGAUCGCCUCCGUCUGAUGGCUCCCUCCGACUCGAUUGUGCUAUUACUCGCGGCCGCUCGACUUCCUCUAAUGCGUCCUCGAAUGUUGCUCGAAUUGGAUAUACAUCCAGCCCAAACCUAGUACCGUUGAAUAGUUCAUCGCCAAACUUGCUUCCCAUUGGCUCCUCACCCAACGUCAUCAGGACCCGCGCUUCCGAGUCCUCGUUGUUUUCAGCAAAUUCAUUUGGAACGGCGAUAAGAUAUAUCCGCAAUCGGGGAGAUCAAAACACUACCUCAGAACCGGCCUCCGUAGCCCGAUCCGACUCCCGCACCCCAUCCAUACCAUCAAGCCCUCCGGUCCCGGUACUAAGGUCAUACCCAUCGACAUCAACUCUUGAUCUCAAUGCGCGGUCAAGUCAAGGAAAUGUUUCCUUACCCAGCAUGCCGUCAGACAUUGAUAUCCAGGCCGUUAUGAGCAGUGGUGUCCCUAUGCAGUACCCAAUACUACGUCCACCGUCGUCAUCCGGCUCGUACGCAGAGACGUCCAUAGUCUCUAUUCCAGAGCCAUUGGCAGUAGCCCGUCCUCCCACGCGGCGCUGGAACCCGGAACUAUCUUCUGUCUCGUCCGACAUGUCAAUUCCAAGGGAUGAACGACACAACCUUCCGUCAUUAUCCCUUGACGGUACCCCAGACGGGUCCCGACAGGUGACUGAAACUGAACCAUCUUGGCUCUCCGCACGUCAACAAUCUGAGAUGCCAAAUUAUUCGCUAAUGGAUGAAUCCGAGAUGGACGAAGUUAGUGACCGCAUUACUCACCUUCAUGCCUUGCGUGUUCUAAAGCAUAAGACAUCCGCUACCCUCAGCUACCGGUCAUCCCUCUCUAGACAUGGUUCCCUAAGCCGGUCAGGGUCAACAGCAAGUCAAUUUCUAACUACAAUUCCCCAGUGGGCAAAGCUAUACUACCAAGGCGGAAACCUUUCCUUCCUUUCCGCUGUUUCUCUGGUGGAAGUUAGCAGACCAAAUACCCCUCGAGAUAUGCAUGCCGUGACCCACGUUUCCUACUCAGAACCUUUGGAGGAGAUGUCAAAUAAAGCUGUAGUCCGUGUACCACGUGGAAACAUAUCCUGUCCGCGAACUCGGCCUCGCCGAGGGAGCCAGCCUGUACAACGACAGGACCAGCCACAGCCACAGCCACAGCCAGCACGGCGGCAGGAGUCGGCACCGAUACCAGAAGAUGAAAUACAGGUAGAGGAGCCAGAGCCAGUCCAAGUUGAGCCUAAGCCCAAGGCAAUUCGUCGAGACUCUCGUGAUCCAAGAACACAUUGGGCCGGCAUUGUCGGAGAAGACGAGAUUACGCCCGAGCCUUCUCGCGAAGAUACCCCGAGAGCUGUCUGGUCACCUCACCUGUACACCGAUAAACGCUUCCGUUCAACUGAGAGAAAGGUAUGGAGAGCCCCACCAUACGACGAAUCUGGCGAAUAUAUAUGGAGUAGACGAAAUAUGCAAGUGUUCAGUUUUUGCUUUGGUUUUAUCUUUCCAUUAGCCUGGUUGAUUGCCUCGUUUCUGCCAUUGCCAAUGAAACCGCCAUCCGUCGACAACGGAACACCGGGACAACCGGACGUCGAAAAAGCAACUGCUCAUCGAGCAGUCCUGGUUGAUAACCUGCGCUAUGAAAACGCCCGAUGGUGGCGGAACUUGAACCGUUGCAUGACACCAGUUGGCUUGUCAAUCAUUGUAAUAGUUAUCACACUAUCCGUUCUUGGAUCACGAAACGCCCUAUGA